CUCUCAGUUAUCGGCCACAGACGAUUCAGAGCUUCUUUGUCAAAUGGAAGCUGCUCCUUGGUUGGGGUAUUCGGUUAUGAAUCGCAUUCACCCCCCUUUUUUACACUUCAAGCAUAUGAGUAUCUUCACGCACAACUGGAUAGGCCUUUUGGAUACGCUUGUUCAAGGAUGGUAAUCACGUACAUGAUUGGCUUAAUCUAGAAUCAUGGAUACCUUUCAUACCCUCUCAUCACAAGAUGGAACUAGUGGUCAACAUUGGGACAAUGCAGCCAUAAAUAACAUGGACCAAUAUUUUAAUGGAGUGAGCAAGACCUGCCAGCAGAGCUCACUGGAGCAGGGAGACAUCCCGUCAUCCUUUUGGCACCUGACAAAGCUUGAGAUUCAAAUCCUGCUGAACGAUGUUAAGCAUUCGAUUAACCACAUGCAGGGGACGCUGAACACCAUGCAGGGGCAGUGUAUUGAGUUGCAGACUGCCAUGUCUAAGAUCAUCACAGCAGCCGAAGUUGCUGUGCAGAGGGAGGAGAUCCCCCGAGCAUCAGGCCUCAACCCGUCACAGAGGGAGGUUAUCCUCCAAACAGCCAGUGUCCCUGUACAGACGGAGGGGAUCCUCCAAACAGCCAGUGUCCCUGCACAGAGGGAGGGGAUCCUCCAAACAGCCAGUGUCCCUGCACAGAGGGAGGGGAUCCUCCAAACAGCCAGUGUCCCUGUACAGACGGAGGGUAUCCUCCAAACAGCCAGUGUCCCUGUACAGAGGGAGGGGAUCAUCCAAACAGCCAGUGUCCCUGCACAGAGGGAGGGUAUCCUCCAAACAGCCAGUGUCCCUGCACAGACGGAGGGUAUCCUCCAAACAGCCAGUGUCCCUGUACAGAGGGAGGGGAUUCUCUCAGCAGCUAGCAUCACUGCACAGAGGGAGGAGAUCCUCCGAGCAUCAGGCCUCAUCCCGACACAGAGGGAGGGGGUUCUCUCAGCACCUAGCAUCAUUGCUCAGAGGGAGGAGAUGUUCCGAGCAUCAGGCCUCAUCCCGUCACAGAGGGAAGGGAUUCUUCCAGCAUCUUCUAUCACUGCGCAGAAGAAGAAGAUCCUCAGAGCAUCAGGCCUCAUCCUUGCACAAAAGGAGUUGAUCCUCCUGAUGGCCAGUGUCACUGCGCAGAGGAAGGGAAUCGUCCCAAUGGCCAGCGUCCCUGCGCACAGACAGGGGAUUGUCCCAAAGGCAAGUGUCUCUGCUGAGAUGGAGGGGAUCUUCCAAACAGCCAGUGUACCUGCACAGAGGGAGGGGGUUCUCCCAGCAGCUAGCAUCACUGUGCAGAGGGAGGAGAUCCUCCGAGCAUCAGGCCUCAUCCCUGCACAGAGGGAGAGGAUCCUCCAAACAGCCAGUGUCCCUGUACAGAGGGAGGGGAUUCUCUCAGCAGCUAGCAUCACUGUGCAGAGGGAGGAGAUCCUCCGAGCAUCAGGCCUCAUCCCUGUACAGAGGGAGAGGAUCCUCCAAACAGCCAGUGUCCCUGUACAGAGGGAGGGGAUUCUCUCAGCAGCUAGCAUCACUGCGCAGAGGGAGGAGAUCCUCCGAGCAUCAGGCCUCAUCCCUGCACAGAGGGAGUUGAUCCUCCAGAAGGCCAGCGUCCCUGCGCACAGGGAGUGGAUCGUCCCAAAGGCUAGUGUCCCUGCAGAGAGGGAGGAGAUCUUCCUCACAACCAGUGUCCCUGUGAAGAAUGGACACAAUCAUCCACAACCACCUCCCAUCAUCCCCAUGGUGGCACCACUGUGGAAAUGGGAUGGUGCAGCGUGUACUCCACCUGUGGAUUUCUAUUCCAAGAGAAGAGAUGUCCGACUUAGAUAUGUUGAGCAUCCUGCUAUGAUGUCCAUCACCAAGCCGGAACACUCCGAGGCCACUUCUCAGUGCCAGACUGGCAGCCGGCCGGUGGCUGAGCCCGAGACCCCUGCUGUUCACAAUAACAGUGGAGGCUGGCUCAGCUGGGUUUUUGGGAGGGGAAGAUUUAAUAAGAAGGAGGUUCAUCUACCUGAGGACAAAGACAGAUCUAUUGUCUGGGAUCCAACUCUGCACAGAUGGGUUAACAAAACUGAGCCCAAGGCUGAGAACAAGUGUGUACCACCACCUCCACCGAUGGGGACAUAUGGAUAUCAGGGGAACACUGGCCCCAAAGGAGUGAAUCCUUACUCUAUGAAAGCAGGAGAAAAGGCCACGUCGUAA